GAUGCUAAAGAUGUGUCAUCAACACCUUUGGGUGAGGGCUGCAGAUUUAGGGCAAAACAACAAUAACAGAUUAUUGUUCAUGUUUAUUUAAGACGGCGGAAAACACAGAGCACAGGUUUUGUGUUUUUGUGAAUAGACUGUCACACGGUUAAGACGAUAGUUGGACGGGAAACAGGCUGAAGCAGCGUUGGUCUUUUUCCCAACUGAGCUGUUAGCAAAAGGCUAACUGGCUGGUUCUUCGCCUUCUUGGUUCCUGACGGGACAAGAGAGGGAUGUCCUGUAGCUUGGUAGAGUUUUGCAGGCUCCAGGAGCUCAAAACGGUCCGGGACUUUUUGUUCCUGAGCCAGAAAACUACGCCUGCAGAAGAGAAGAACCAAACAGAUAAUGAGUUGACUUGGGACACGUCAGACUGGGAGUCGGCUUGGGACCAUGGCAACAGUAAAGAGGAGGAAUCUGCUCCGGCCGCUUUGGUGGAGGAGGAGGCCGGGGGCCAGAGUGAGCCCUGGCUGCAGGACUGCGUCGUGUCCUUGUCUCCUUGCUCCGACCUGCUGGUGGUGGCUCGUGACCAGAGGGCGGCCUUUCUCUCAGCAAAGUGGCGCACAGAUGAUGGCGGCAGAGAGGAGAUGACUCUGGCUGUGUCUUGGACUGGAAUCCUCAGUGUUGAAGAAGGAGAGUGUAUCAGCAGUGCAAUCUGUAUCCCUUUGGCAAGCCAAAAAAGGAGCUCCACCGGACGGCCUGACUGGACAUGUAUCGUUGUGGGUUUCACAUCUGGUUAUGUGCGCUUCUACACUGAGAGCGGGGUUCUGCUGCUGGCCCAGCUGCUGCAUGAAGACCCCGUGCUGAAGUUAAAAUGUCGCACCUAUGAGAUCCCGCGCCACCCUGGAGUCACAGAACAGCACGAGGAGCUGAGCAUCCUGUACCCCGGAGCUCUGGUCACCAUAGACGGCUUCAGUCUCUUCCAGUCUCUGCGAGCAUGCAGGAACCAGGUGGCACGAGCUGCAGCAGCAGGCAGUGAUGUGGUCCCUCCUCCUCCGCUGGCCUAUAAGAAGUGGGGCCUCCAGGAAAUGGACGCCAUCGUGGACCACAGCAGUGUGGGCGUUAUGACGCUGUGCGUGUUUGACCAAAUGAAGAACGCUUCCAUCCUGGGGGGGUUUCAUGCUUCAGUCAAGGGCAGCCCCCCCGCCAUGAGUCAGUACGUCACCGUGGGAACCGGGCCGUACACAGGCUUUUACUACGCUGUAGAGGGCAGCUCCCAGCCUCUUCUGUCCCACGUGGCCAUGGCGGUGGCCAGCAAGCUGACCUCAGCCCUCUUCAGCGCCGCCAGCGGCUGGUUGGGAUGGAACAAGAACAAGAAUGAAGAGGAAGCUCCUCAGAAACAGAAACCCAAAGUGGAGCCUGCGACACCUUUGGGGAUCAGAUUCGGCCUCCCAGACUCUCGUCGUCAUGGCGAGUCCAUUUGUCUGUCUCCAUGCAACACGCUGGCCGGAGUGACGGACGACUUUGGUCGGGUUACGCUGCUGGACCUGGCCCGGGGCAUCUCCAUCCGCAUGUGGAAAGGUUACAGAGAUGCCCAGCUGGGUUGGCUGCAGGUUCAAGAGGAACGUGGCGAUCGGGAGUUCUCUCCAUCUGCCUCCCUCCCCAGACGCCACGCGCUGUUCCUCAUCAUCUACGCCCCCCGCCGGGGCAUCCUGGAGGUGUGGGCCAUGCAGCGGGGCCCCCGCGUCGGGGCCUUUACCGUGGGCAAACACUGCAGGUUGCUGUAUGCCGGGUACCGUUUGAUGGGGGUGAACAGCGUGACCAGCCAGGGGUGGCAGCUCCACACGCAGCAGGUGUGUCUGCUGGAGCCCUCCACCGGAGCCCUGAGGACCGUCAGCAUCCCCUUCCACCUGGCCCUCAGUGACAAAAAGAGCGAGCGGGCCAGAGACAUGCACCUGGUGAAGAGGCUCACGGCUCUGCUAAAGAGCAGAGACAUGGACCCCGCACCCUUAGAGAGCGAGGCAAAAAGCACUCUGCUGGAGAUCAAACAUCCCGCCAUCAAGAAGCAGGCUUUGGACUCUCUGCUAUCAAAUAAGAACAUUCCUGUCUCUUGUCUUACUAACAUCAUGUGUGCCUUAAAUGACACUUUAAAAGACCAAGCCUCUGAUGAGGAGGAUGGUUCUUUACAGCAGAUCUGCUCCUCCCAGCUGAAGCUGCUGCAGCUCUACAGCGACGUGCAGCAGCUGCAGUCUGCCGCCGACCACGACUCCGGCCCUGAGAGCGAGGCUCUGGAGGGCCUGGAGGAGGAGCUGGCCCGGGUGGCGCCCGUCCUGGAGCGCUACGCGCAGCUCAACACCAAACCCAGCGUGUCUUUUGCCCAGGACUCGCCCGACCUGCCUCUGCCCGUCCAGGCCUUCCUCUCUCAGAUGGAGUGCACCGAGGACGGCGAGGUGAAGGUGAUCCGCAAGUCUGAGACUGAAUGGAACCAGCUCGGAAACUUCAUGUUCUGGGGUUGUCUGUGUGGUAGAAGUCCACUCCAGAGGGUCUGUCAGACCCUCCAACAGGCCGGCAUCAGUCCUCAGCAGCUCCUGUCUUUGUUGCUGAGUGUGUGGCUGCAAAGGGAAAAGGAGGUUGUGCAGAAUCCGUCUGAACCUGUGAGGCGCUUACACACACUACUCGUUACCCUCGGCGACAUGAAAGGUGCAGUGGAGGACUCGUGGGACACUCAGGCGAUCUCCCCCUGGUGGCAGCAGGUCCGCAGCACCUGCGUCCAGUCGCACAACGCUGCCGCCGCGCUACUGGCCGCGCUAGUAGCCCACCGCGCCACCAAGGCCAGCAUCACCAGCCGGGCCGACGGCAAGCUGCAGUCAGAGUGGGAGACGGUGUCCCUGGAGCUGGAGCAGUGGAUCGUGUGUGUCCGGCAGCUGGAGGACAUGUUGGUGCUGCAGACCCUCCUGCUGGUGCCUUCUACUCAGGGAACACCAGGGGGAGCCGCGGCUCAGAUCUCCAUCAAAACUCUUCUGGACGGAGGCACGGGUGGCAUCGCGGACAGCGUUUCAAAAUGGGUUUUCAGACAAAACAUGGCCCCCGAGCGGCUGAAGGAAAUCCUCCACAAGAAAGAGGCCGACAAUUCAGAGGACAAACAGGAGCAGAGAGAUGGAGACCAGAGGAGCGAGGAGGGGAACCCAACCAGCACCGACCGGACAGCAGAGCUGCUGGUGGCUGUGUGUGAGCGGUUCCCACACUCCCUCUCUCCCGACCUGCUCUUCGCACACUGCUGCUGGGAAUACGUGGUGCAGUGGAACAAAGACCCAGAGGAGGGUCGGCACCUGUCCUGGGCUGUGGAGCAUUUGAAGCUGAUCUCCAGUCCUCACAUUCAACUCGGGAUCUGCACAAUGAUGUGGAGUACAUUCAUCGUUAAACGGUUCUCAGCAGCGGCCUUCCUCAUGGAGAAGGUGGGGAAAGCACCCAAAGAUCGUCUAUGUCGACGGGACGUCGGGAUGGGAGACAAAGCCAUGACGUCUUUCUUGGGCUGCUGUGUGCAGCUGCUGCAGAUCCUCAUGGAGGUGGACUCGGCCAUGGAGGAGGUCCCUGCCCCGGAGCUGUCUGUGGAGGAGGUCUGGACCGGGGCCGACGGCCCCGCCUCCAUAGCCGAGCUGGCCCUGGAGCAAAGGGGGGUCCACUACCCGCUGGUGCAGCACCACUGCCUGCUGGCCUCCAUCCUGCACGCCGCCAUGAGCUUCAGCAUCAAAGUCAAACCGCUCGGACUCUUCGACAGCAAGGGUAAAAAUGCUUUCUUCAGAGAUCUGACCACCAUCCAGCUGAUGCCCAGCGGAGACAUGGACCCUGGCCUGAUCUCGAUGCGGAAAGAGUUCCUUGCCCAGGUGCUAACAGGCUGGGUGCAGGCCAUAGAUGAGCCUUCCAGCUCAGCCUCUGCCCCCAGCCCCGGCCCCCUGCCCUCCGCGGGGCCAAAGGCCGACUGGUGGCCCUCCAUGUGUCUGGAGCUGGGCUCCCUGCUGCAGGUCAGCCCGGACCUGCUGCGCCGCCACCUGGUCUGCGAGCUCUACAACCAGGGCCUGGACCCGCGUGCCGAGGAGGCCAUGUUGGAGGUAGAAGAUAAGGAUGUGCUGGGCUCGCAGCUCCUGGUGCUGACCGGCCAGAGGCUCAGCUACUCGCUGCUCCACAGCCAGAGCCAGACGCAGACGGCCAUGGAGCUGCUGGCCCGCCUGCCCCCCACCCUCUGCACAUGGCUGAAGGCCAUGGACCCCAGUGAGCUGAGGUGCCCCCUGGUCCCUCUGCCUCAGACCAGCCGGCUGGUGGGCCGCCUGAUCGAAAUACUGCCAGAGAACCACGCCCAGUACAGCCUGGCCCUGCACCUCCUGGAGGCCGUGGACGUGCUCACCACUUAGGACUGAAAGCAGAGGGAUUCUCACUUUGCAGAAAAACACAUCAGAAGCAAAAGACGCUUAGCAGAGAAAAGAUAAAAAAAGGCAUUUCAGCCUCCUGCCACCAUUGUUGCAAAUGUCCUGUCUUUCUGAUCGUUUUGAUUAUAAGCCAGAGCUAAAAUAGUGGCUUUUAACCCUAUUUUUUUUUAAAUCCACUCUAUUUUUCUGCAUGUAAAAUAAACUGUACUGAUUGUUUCUGCUCAAAGAGUCUUGUCAGGAUGUGUAAAUGUGUUGGUUAAAAGGAGAAUGCUUUUUUUCUGUAAGCUAACCCUCAUUUUAACUUUCAAAUCACAUGUCCGCCCACUUCAGUUAUAAUGGUCA